CGAAACAUUGUUGGAAGUUUUAAGGCAUCCUUUGAAGAGCAUGAAUCGAAUAGGCCACUUGAUGAAGUGAAUCGAUGGAGAGAUGCCUUUGUUGAAAUUGGCAAAUUAAAAGGGUGGCAUAUACAAGGCGGCAAACUCGAUAGAUCUGAGGCUGAAUACAUCAAAGAUGUCGUUGAGUAUGUCAUAAAAGAAUUGAAUAGCAAGUCUAAAAGUGUUAAUAAAGAAUUAGUUGGAAUAGAUGAUCAGAAAAAAAUGAUCUUGCGGCUAAUCGAGGAAGAAGAUAGUCGAAUAAUAGGACUUUGGGGAAUGGGUGGUAUUGGCAAGACUACCCUUGCUGAAGCUGUCUAUAAUGAAAUCUCUCCAACGUUUCAAUGUCGUUGCUUCCUUCAAGAUGUUAGAGAGAAAUAGAAAAACAGGGAAGGAAUCUUUACGAAAUGAACUUCUUUCCAAACUAUUGAACUCGAAAACUUGUGUAGACACCCCCUCCAUAAGAUCCGUCUUAACCCAACAGAGGCUCAGUAAUAUAAAAGUAAUCGUCGUCCUUGAUGAUGUUAGUGACUCAGAGCAGAUAGAUCUUAUGGGUGUAAAACAUUUGGUGAUGGAAGUAAAAUUAUCAUAACAUCCAGAGAUAGGCAAGUACUUACGAAUGGAGGAGUUGACAAAAUCCAUAAGGUGAGUAAGCUAAACGAGGAUUACUCUCUUCAACUCUUUUCUACAUUUGCAUUUAAGUCGUUGAAUCCUGCUCCUGAUUUUCGAGAUCUAUCGAACAAGUUUGUGGAGUACGCCCAAGGCAGUCCACUUGCUCUUAAAGUUUUGGGUUCUAAACUAUAAAAAAGUCUAGAAAAGAGUGGGAAAGUGAGGUGGACAAGCUCAAGGAAUAUGCAAAACCAAAGAUUUCACAGAUUUUGAUGAUUAGUUUUGAAGAGUUGGAUGAACAAGAGAAGAAUAUAUUUCUUGACAUAGCAUGCCUCUUGAAAUGGGAAUCCAAGAAAGAAGUAGAAGAAAUUCUAAGUUGCUUGUAUGAGGGUGCAAUGUGUGGAAUAAGCGAUUUGCUUGAUAAGUGUCUAAUUGAAGUGGAUUCCAAAGGGGUGAUUUGUAUGCAUGAUAUGCUUGAAGAGAUGGGAAAAGACAUUGUUCGCCGAGAAUCUAAAGAUCCUGGAGAGCGCAGUAGGUUAUGGAGUCUUAAAGACAUGAUCCAAGUGCUCAAAUAUAAUAAAGUGAAUAAAUCAAUUGAAGGAAUAAAGCUUUUUGUGACUCGACUUGAAGACCAGCUGUUACUAUAUUCUGGUUUUGAGAAGCUGCAUAAUCUUAGAUAUAUCAUCCUUUAUACAUGUCCGUUCUUUGUUAAUAGUGUAUCUUUUUCUGAUGAGCUAAGGUAUCUUCAUUGGGACUUUUGUCCUUGAAAUCCUUAUCAUCAA